GUUGGAGGCUGGAGUUGAAGGGAGCACUUCCUUUUUUUGAGGAGGGGGGGGCUAAGACGCGCGCGCGCGUGUCCUUAGAAAAGAAAAAAAGUGCGCCGCGUCAACUCCUGCCUCCAGCUGUUUACAUGCCUUCCUCUGAAGAGGCGAAAGACGAAGUGAAACGCGGACAUUUGCCGUCUCUGUGACCGCAGGCUGGACACCAGGCGGCCUUCUUCGGGCUCCUGGAGCGGGAAUUAUCCCAGAAUACCAGCGGCUGUGGGAAAAUCUAUUUUUGGGAAUACAUCCCUCAAAAAAGGAUGACCAGGGGUUUUCAGGGGCUGCUCGCUUUAAGCUGCUUUUUCUUAACGGUGGACUCGCAGACAGGACAAAUCUCGCCACCACAAAAUGUGUCCCUGCGUUGGAUCGAUGAUUUUCAACCGCGGCUGUCCUGGGCACCACCACAGCAUUCAAUGGAAAACUGCACGUACGAAGUGACUUCAAGAACCAAAAUGCCGUACAGCGACACUUGGAAUACUCCGGAACAGCCAUCUUGGAGUGAAUAUGUGGUGAUGGAAGGAGGAUUUCUGCACUUGUCUGUUAAAACGGUCUGUAACGGCAACCAUAGUGAGCCGGUUGUCAUCAACGUCACUGACCCAGUGCUGGUGAGGAAUUUGCAGUGCUACAUCCAUUCCUCCACACACACUCGCUGCUCCUGGAGCCCAGUCAGUCCACAUCUCAGUUUUUUCUACAAGUUAGUGAAUGAGGAUCCGAAAACAUCGGUUGGAGAUCCCGGUUCAGCCUUACGCGCCUGCCCAUCGUACACUCACAGUGAUGGCGUCAGGACUGGUUGUGACCUGCGGGCGAAUCUCACCCAGGAUGUCCACAUCUUGUUUAAUGGGACGUGGAACAAAAUGCCUGUCAGGAACACUUUUAAGAAGGAGCUUGAAGCGAGACUUCAUCCCCUCAAGUGGACAGUCACUAAAACUACGGAUAAAUUCAUAAUUAACUGGAGUCCUCCUGACAUCGCAGCUCUGUCUAAAUGGAAGUUUAUAAUUAAUUACACAGAGUGUGAUAAACAGAAGGUUAAAACCACAGAUGGAGCAACAUCAGCUGAGAUCUCCAUUGUCUCUCAUUGUUGGUACAGCAUGAAGAUUAAAGCAAAACUGAAGAAAAAGCGGGGAGAGACACAAUGGAGCAACGAGGAGAAUUUUUAUGCAAAGCCUAAUGUGUUGGUGUAUGUCGCCAUUAUCAUCCCUCUGGUGUUUGCUGGCCUGGCACUCCUGACUUUCAUCUGUUGCAGGAAGAAUAAGGACACUAUUUUUCCUCCAGUACCAGAACCUCGGGACUUGCUCAGCAGUAUUUCUGACAACAACAAUAAGAGCACUGUUUGCAACCUGUACAUCCCCGUAGAGGAAGAACACAACUGUAAAAUCACGCUGGUGAUGGAUCCCCAAACCAGCUGACUUUGCACCUGGCACGUCUCCGCCGUGGCACAACUGGAAGUCCUCGCAAAUUCUUGGGAGCAGAAAUGAAAACUGCACUGUUCAGCUCACUUACUGUUACUUAGACAGAAGAAUGCAGAAGUGAGCCACACUGGCUUACAUGGCUCUUAUUGAGGAUGUCUGAAAGGCCCUUAGACCCUUUUAGGACAUCCUAAAUACAGUUUGCCUCCACAUUACGCCAAACUCAUGUCAAUGUUCAAUUCCUUAUCACCAUGUUCUGUUUACGCCCGCCAACAGCUCCUUUUUUGGAAAUGUAUUCAGUUUGUUGCAGUUUAUUUUCCCAUGUUUGGAUUCGAAAUAUAUUUCAACCAUUACCAGCUCUGAAAAAAAGUGCUCAAUGUGUUUUCUGAAUCAACCCAAAGAGGUACAUCCUGAACUUUAAAUCACAACAUUUGUGUGUCUGAGCCUUGAGCCCCCUGUUGCACUGCGGCGCUUCAGGCAUGUGUCCAACGGAGACCCGUUGGACAGCCCCAGCAGCAGAGCAUCAGUGGAAACGGGCAGCUGGGGGAGCUCAGGAACGUUACAGAGCGGCAACUCUUUGAACUCUUUUGAUAAUCCAGCUUUUACCAAGCACUUGCUGGGUUGUGUGAGGAUGUGAGGAAGUUCUGCUUUUCUCUGUUUUACAUCAUUGCAAAUGAAAUAUUUUUGGGUUUGGGACUGUCAAAGAAAGCAAUUUGGAUCAUCAUCUGUCCAAAAGAAUUAUUGAUCAUGAAAAAAAAUCAUUGAGCAUCUUACCGAUAGACCUGCUGACUUUUUUUUUUGUUUUUUAGAUACAUAUAUAAGAUGUUUUCUUUGAAUGAUUUUUUUAAAGAUGCCUUUUUGACAUCUGGGCAGGGACAGCAGAUUAGCAUUCUGGGCGUUCUGUUUUUCUGUUGAUCAUUAAGCGUUGCCCCUGUUAAAUAGACUAGUACAAUUUUAAAAAGGGGUUCAUUACAUGAUAAACUGCGUGCAAUAGCCAUUAAGCUACAGCCGGCCAGUCUGAGAUACACAAAAAGAAAGACGUUUGUUUACUCUGUUGUAAACGCUGCCUUCUGAUGGCUCAGAACUGUAUCAAAUUGAAGUGAAGUAGCUUUUGCACCUCUCAAGCAGUUGAAGGUGAUGGUUCGAAUCACCUUUAUUCAGAAUGUUGUUCAUGCACUAUGCCUUUUGAUCGCUGCUCGCACAAACCCCAUUGCACUUACUCCUCUGCUUCUGUGCUGUUAAGUUCACGACCAGUCGUUAGCUAUGGCCACCUCCCACAUCGGGCACUGUCUGUCGAGGCGUGGCCUUCGGAGAAACUGCACGGCCUUUCGGGUUCAGUUCACCAUGGCAUUGUUGCCUGAUUGUUUGAUGUCUGCUGGGUCAAAGUCAGGGAAACAUCCGGCUUUCUUGCACAUGAAUGAGGUUUUAGUUACUACUGUAUAUAAACAUUACUGGGCCGGAGAGCUGCCUACACAUUCCAGAGUUACCAUAGCUUAGUCAUUUUUCUUUGUUUUUUUUUAGUUUUCACUUCAGUUCAUUUUCAGUUAGUUUUCGGAGUGGGUUUGCUUGUUUCGGUUCAUUUUUUAUUGUUUAAAAAUGUUUUGUUUUAGGUCAUUUUAUAUUCAUUUUAUUAUUAUGUUUAAUUAUAACAUGUUUGUCAAGCACUUGGGAAUGGGUAUUACAAUGCAAACAACACUUUUUGAAGCCAGUUGACUCAUCCCAGUGUCAAUGAACAUAUGCACCUCAUAGAUUUCCUGUAUAUUGAUUGUUUCAGUUAGUUUUGUAGGUUUAUCACAUGGUUUCAGUUUUUUGCUAAAGUCUAGUUUUUAAUUUUCAUUUCAGUUAACCAAAAUGUUCUUCACACCUAGUUUUAGUUUAGUUUUAGUUCGCUAUAAUGACGUUGUUGGGUGCCACAACAUCUUUAACAAGUAAAAGAGGAAGGACCAACAGUUUUGCUUUGCUCAGCUUUGAAUGACGUGUUGAAUUUGAAUGUGAAAUGAAUAGCACACUCAUGUAAAAGAACUCAUAUAUCAAUGUUGGUUCUGUACACUGAAUUUUGUGAAGAUGUACUCGGACUGGCUAAUGCUGGAUGCCACUUUUGAAUUGUUUAUAAUUCGUUUUAUGUUAUUUCGUUUGAUAAACAAAAAUGUUUUUACACAUGA